UAAUUCGUGUUUCUAAGAAUGUAUCCAUUUUUAAAAUUACUGUGCAAUAAUAGGAUCCCAUGCACUUUAAAAUUAAAUGGAUUGUUAAGGGAAAUUAUUGUGAAACUUAUGUUCUCUGCGACUAAUAAACGGACGGUACUGUCAUAAACUUCGUAUACGUAUGAAAAAUUAUGAGGUACAUCUCAUAUCUGAUCUUUUGGUGUUUUAGAAAGAGUAGGCGAUAUACAAACACAGAUAAGUAUGUGUGACGAUGGCGUUCAGUUUUGUUCAAAUUGCAAGCGUGAGGUCCCGCGAAGCAAUUUUGUAAUGCAUAAUGUGCAUUGCCAGAGGAAGCUAGCUCUGUGUAAUAAGUGUGAUGAACCUGUACCAAGAUGUGAACUUUCAGCUCACAAUACAAAUUUCCAUGCUGUUGUUAAGUGUCCGGCAUGUGGUCAUCAGUGUGAAAAAAUACAUUUAGUUGACCACCAGAAUUCCUCAUGCAGCCAUCGAACUAUAUGCUGUAAUUACUGUCAUAUUGAAAUUGAAGCCAAUGAAUUGGCAGAACAUGAAAAUUACUGUGGUAGUCGUACAGAACGGUGUGAAGAUUGUGGAGAGUUUGUGAUGCUGAAGUAUCAGCAGCUACAUCAGGAUUCUAAUCAUAGCUUCUUGAAACUUAAAGAUGAGCCUGGGCCUAAGCCUUCUUGGAGCAAUAUGCGAGUGACAUCUUCCAGUCUGCUCAAUGAUUUGGGUCGCCAGCGUAAGGUAUCGAAUGCCAGUCAGGAUUCUGCACGCCCCACUUCAGCCUCCAAUCGGCUGUCUCCCAGCAAACGCACUAAUGACAUGCCUCAAGUCAACUCUGCCACAACUGCAGCUCCUACAAAGGACCAUCAUAAGACCACUAUACCUUCAGAUGAUGGUGGUGUUGACUUGGAUCAGCUGCUGGCUCUCCGAUUGGCUGAACAAGAGCAUAUGUUGAACACCAUCCCUUCAGCACCAUACGUUGUUGAUGUGGGAGCCCUGACCCAGGGAGGUGGGGAGCUUGUGGCAUUGCCCUGCGAAUUUUGCCAGGCUAUGGUACCAGCCAAUCAGCUUGUUAUCCACGAGACAGGCUGUCGUCCAGAUCUGGCUCGUUAUGACCCUGUUCCUGUACCAUUAAAACAUAGGAAACCGUCUACCUCAUCAGAAGAAGACAAAGAUAGUGAUGGCUUGCCAUGCGAGUUCUGUGGUCUUCUCUUUCUCCCACAGUUUCUUCUUCAACACCAGGCUUUGUGUAAUGUGACACCACCUCUGCAUGAUGGUAUCCUAGUGAAUGAGCUGGGUCCUGUACCAAGGUCUAGCAGUAGAACAACUAAGAAACUGCUGAAUCUUGCUCCAGACACUCCACUAACGUCCAUAGAUCACAUGGAAGAUAAGAAUCCUUACCUGAAUGAGAUGCGGGCAGCUCUGAAGAAACCCGUGGCCAACGUACAACCUAUUGGUCACCAGUACUCAUCUGGUUCUGAAUUUGCUCAACAGAAAGAACUUGAAACUGUCAACUGCCAUUCAAAUCUUACUUCACAAGGGUGUGCUAAUGGUAUGGUUCGUCAUCCCACAUCAACUGGAGCAGUACCCAAACAGAAGGCAGGAAGGCGUGUGAACACCCGUGUGUAUCAUACUAAUCCAUACCUUCUGUUCGUGUACAACUGGUUAUGCUUGGCAGUCGUUUUGUUUUACUAG